AUGUCUCAAGGUUCACGGUCUCAUCUAGUCUUCGUAGUGGCGAUUCUCUCGGUGGUAACGUCAUUCUUGUUUGUCUUGCCACGCCUGGUCGCACGGAUUGCCAUACUUCGAAGUCCUGCUUGGGACGAUUUCUUUAUUGUAUUAGCCUGGGUUUUGGCAUUUGGACUCUCAUUUUCAAUAUGCUUUGCCACGUAUCAUGGUCUUGGGAGCCGCGACGCGGACAUAUCUCCGGAAUUGCACGAGUCGCUUGCACGAUCUCAAUAUGCGUUUACGGUGCUCUAUAACCCAACCCUGAUGGCGGUAAAAUCAUCCAUACUCAGCUUUUACAUAAGCCUUUCAAAGACAACCCCACGAGUGUUCCGACAAGUCACGAUAGCCACUCUGAUAGUAGUAAACGUUGGUGGUUUUAUUUUGACAGUCCUCAACAUUGUGCAAUGCAGACCCCUUCAUUUUGUGUUGGAGUAUCCCUUGCAGCCAACAAAGUGCGCGGAUAUUCUGAGGCUCUACUUUUCCGCAGCCCCGUUCAAUAUAAUCACUGAUCUUGCGAUUUUCUCUCUCCCAAUACCUAUAUUGACAGGAUUACGACUACCGCGAAGGCAGAAGAUCAUUUUAGUUGGCGUUUUUGGGCUCGGUGUCUUUGUUAUUAUUGUCGAUAUUUUUAGAAUAGCCUGUCUUCAGCAGGCGGUGCAAGGAACAGUCAGUUGGCACCAAUCGAUCCAAAACGGAGCUGUCUCAAGUUCUACACCAUAUGUGAAUUUUGCUUGGUACUCCUCACUAUCGUUCAUGUGGUCUGCUAUUGAAGUCAAUGUUGGCAUCAUUUGCGCUUGCAUUCCAACCCUAAAACCACUUAUUUCACACUUAUCGCCACAGUUGCUUCUUGGCAAAGCCGAUUUGACUGAGAAAACCAGUAUAUCAACUCAAUUGCCCUCUUCAGGGAGAGCUCACCUUGAAGAUAUGACAACAGACUUCAUUACUACGCCAGAUAUAGCAAAUGCUCCUAGAGAUUUACGAGCAGCGAGCAUUACAGACGCAACAAAUUCCAAAAACGAUAUCGUUUUUGGAUUUAUUAAUCUUGAAACUCCCCAAAGCCUGCUUGAUUUGAGCAAUCUCAAAUCGGUUCUUACCUUGAUCCCGGUAACCCUCCUAUCCAUCGUCUUGGGCACGGCAUACGGGCUCCUCUAUACCUUGAAUUGCCAUUUUCUCCAGCAGGUAGAACUGUCCGUUGCGAGGAUCCAGGUCUUGCAUUCUUCAUAUUAUUGGGGCUACUUGAUCGGACCACUUACCUUUAGCCCUAUAAUUUUGAAGAAAGGCGGGUUCAAAGCAUCCUUCAUCUCCGGACUCUUCAUUUAUACGUGCGGCAUUUUAACCUUCUGGCCAUGCGCGGUUCUGGCCUCAUUCCCGGCCUUCAUUGUGUCCAAUUUCAUUGUUGGCCUUGGCAUGGCGACGAUUGAAAUCGCCUUGAACCCCUUUGUAACACUCUGUGGACCAGCAAAGUACGCAGAGAUUCGCUUGAACAUCACGCGUGGUUUCGAGGCAGUUGGCCGCGCCAUUCCACCCAUUUUCUCGCACAGGCUUCUUUCUCAGCAGAUGACCCACAACCCGUUGGUCCCCGCUCAGUGGGCUUACCUUGGAAUCGCACUUCUUUGCUGCCUUUCGGUUCUUGGUGUCUACUAUUCAUCUCUUCCUACAGCUACCGACGAAGAUCUCCAUAAUUCGGCAUUACGUCUGCCAUUCGACAGCACUGAAAGGAUAAGAAGUGUUAGGGUCACAUAUAUCACCUUAGCAGUCGGCGUUGUCUCGCUGGUUUGCUUUGUAGGUGGUCAGGAGUCUGUUACGCUCAUGACAUUUCGUUAUCCGCCGCCUCCGCAUUCAGCAACACCGAUAACUCGAAACAUCAGUCGAGGGUGUUUUGCAGCCGGCCGCUUCCUCGCAGCAUUCCUUUUUUUGGUAAUCAAGCCAAGGAAAGUCCUUCUGUUCUAUUUGGUGGGAUGUAUAGUCACGGCGGCUUUGGCAAUGAAUCUGAUCGGCCAAUCUGGUCAAACGAUCAUCGUAUUGCAGUUUCUCUUCCAGUCGGCGGUCCAGCCAACAGCCAUCGCUAUAUGUCUCCGCGGCCUCGGCUCAUACACAAAGACGGGCUCGGCAUUCCUCACUGCCGCAACCGCUGGGGGCGGGAUAUUCCCAGUCAUCAUGGAUGCGAUUGUGGUGAAACGGGACUUGUACGCGUGGUGUGUGAUGGUUGCUGCAUUUUCCUUGGCGUUCAUCUUCCCAACCUAUCUCAACAUCGUGCCAGCGGCCAAAAGGCAAGUCGAUCCCCAAGUUGCGUCGAUCCACCAUUUCAGGCCGGAAAAUAUCUGCAUUCUCGCUGCGCACCAGGCGAUCUCAGGGCUCUUUCUCUUCAACAUAAAGAGAAACAUUCAAAUAUCCGUCAUCUCUGCCCUCCUACUGACGCACAACCAAGCCCGGAAUCCCGCACAUCCCUACCUUCUCUCUUCCAACUACUUCACACCAAGAGCCAGUAGCCAAGCAACAUUGAUAACGCUAGCGGUUGCUCCUAAGUGCGCAAACGAUCUCACCGGCGCAAUAUCCAACAAGUAG